AUGUCCGCCACCCCCGUGUUCAAGGAGGAAGAAGACGACCAUUCUAUAUUGGCGUCAUCGCCUCCAGCCACGCCAUUGCCGGAGGAAUCAACUACCCCUGAGAAGAACAAACCAGAACCUGAAAGCACAGUUGAAGGUGACAAGAAACGUCGGAAGGCACCAGCCAAAGGAGGCGGACCGAAAAAACCUUCAGAAGAGGUGCUUCAGAGACGUCGAGAGGGACGAAUCAAGGCAGCAGCCACCAUCGCACAGAACUUGAAGAAGACAGGAAUUGGCCGGUUUGAAGACCAGAACGGAUUCACACUUACUAGCGUGAGAACUGUACCAUUGAUCAACCAGAAGAACUACUUUGCAGACUACUUGAAGAAGGACGAGCAAGUUACGUUGAUACGUAACUGGAGAAACGAGAAGGUCAACCAGGUUUCCACCAAAGACGCUACUAAAAGCGGAGAUAAAAAGCCGUUAGAAGACGACGACGAUGACGAAGAUGAUGACGAGGACAACGACAAUGAGGAAGGCGCGCUGGAGAAGGCCCGCAUGGGUGAUGACACCAUCGUCUUUCAUCCGGGAUCGCAGGUGUUGAGAAUUGGAAGGGCUACGGCGGGUUCUCCUACUCCGAUUCCCAUGGUAAUUGCCGUACCCAACCGGAACAAGAAGUCCGGAGAUUAUGCCGUUGUGCCUGAAAGAGGGGUCGACGAAGACGGAAGCGUUGAGUUUAGCGAGUCGUUCGACGCAGUUAAGUCCGUUGUGACCAAAGACUUUAAAGCCCGAAUGCGCUACUACAAGAGGAGGAUGAUGCCCAAUUCACGGGAGAGUGCAGCCAAUUUCAAUAAAAAGCAAGAAGGAGAGGAUGUUCCUGAUGGAUACGAUCCAAACAAGAUGGAUUGGAUCGAAAAGGACGAUGAACUCUUGGAAGGUGACUAUAUCUGCGGGAAGGAUGCAUUGAGGCUCCCCAUCAACGAGUCGUUCCAGGAUUGGCGACUCAAAUUUCCUAUAGUCAACGGGGGCUUCAAUCAGUCGCCGGAAGACUAUCUGUCUCCGCAGGAAUUGUUGGGCGACUUGCACCGUAUAGUGGUGGAUGCCUUAAAGUCCAUCGACAUUAACACAAAGGAAGAGACAGCCAACUUGAAGUGCUUGUUUGUGAUCCCCGACUUGUACGACAAGAUCUAUGUGGAAACUUGGGUUGACUUGCUCUUCAACGCCGUGGGUUUUGGCCGUGUUGGAAUCAUCCAAGAGGCUGUUGCGGCCACUUUUGGUGCUGGAGUGUCCUGUGCUUGCGUAGUAGAUGUUGGAGCAGAAAAAACUUCCAUUUCUUGCGUGGACGAAGGCAUGGUGAUCAAUGACUCGCGAGUGAAGCUCGACUACGGAGGCGUGAAUAUUACCGAGGCUUUUACCAAAUUGCUCUUACAGCAGGACUUCCCUUACAAAGACAUUAACCUCGCCAACUAUAACGAUGAUUGGCAAUUGGCCGAUAACCUCAAGAAAGAAUUCGGCACGUUUGAUGAUGCAGAUAUUGCCGUACAAUUGUACAAUUUCUACAAGCGCAAGCCUGGGGAACGAACACAGAAGUUCAACUUCAAGGUCUACGACGAGGUGAUGUUGGCGCCGUUGGGAUUGUUCUACCCGGACCUCUUUGAAAUCUCCAAAGAAACGCGACCCCGUUACUUGUUUCCUGAGUCCAUUGAUCAAUAUACUGGCGAGCCCAACGACCCAUACUCCAAGGCUCACGAGAAUUUGGUGACCAACUCCAGCUUUUCGGACACUGCCGACGAGACCUUGUUGAUAAAAUUGGUGGAAGACAAGCUGAUUUUCAAGCAAGCCAACGUGUAUGCCAAACCCAGGGCACCACGGUCACUCACGGCGGAAGAGGUUCAGAUUCCUGUCACUACACCAUUGGACAAGGCCAUCAUUGAGUCCAUCACUAACGCUGGAAUUGCCACCGAUUUCAGCAAGGCACAGAAGCUCUACGACAAUCUCCUUGUUGUUGGCGGAGGUUUGGCAAAGUUUCCGGGAUUCGAUCUACUUUUGAACGACCGGAUCAGUAUUUGGAGACCCAAGUACUUGUCUUCCACCUCUCUCGACGAGAUUUUGAACCAUGUGGGCAAAGAAAAAGAAAAAGUAGACACAAAGCGCAAGGCACUCAUUACAGAGGCCAAAGAGAAAAAAAUUAAAGGAGAGCAAACAUUGGACGAGGUGGAACUCACUGAGGAAGAAUUGGCAGCCAUUAACAAAGAAACUCAAUUAACUCUCGAUUUGGCGCGCACAGAUGGUAUUUCCGACCAGGGCUCACUAGUUCCAAUUAAUGUUCUUCCAGCCCCCAACGAGUUUGACCCUCAGGAGGUUAGCUGGAAAGGUGGGAGUGUGUACUCUCGGUUGAAGGUAGUCAACGAAAUGUGGAUCGGCCAGUCAGAUUGGAAUCUCCUCCAUUCCCGGUGUCUUUACUACAAAAGCUUGUUCAACUAUUAG